AUGUCAUCCGUACCACCUAACACAGAAAAGUUAAUCAGGCCAUCAAGUCAAGAAAAAUCAUCUAAGCCAUCGAGCCCCAAAACUGUAUUCAGUUCACCCCACGUAGAAAAGACACGGAGAACAUGCAGUCUAGAUAAGUUACACGAGCUGGCUGGUUCCCGUAAGCUGGUCAGUCAGGGCAGUUGGUCCUAUCCAAAUAUCGCAGUCAGGAAACCUUGCCCAGCCAGUCUACAAUGUCCAGUGCGACAAACCAAGCCACCUGGUCCACCGUGCCCACAAAAUCAAAUCUUGCUACUCAAGCCAACUGGUUUACCGAAAUUUACUGCAUCCUCCGAACAGCCUAAUGCAAAAAGCUCAGUCGGCACGGGUGUGGCCGACACGUUACCUAGACCUCCAUUGAUCAAGCCUUGUCAGUACCCCCAGGAACAAUUCCUUGUUCCCAUGAAUACUUCUGAAUCUUUGGCCAAUGAUAUUUCUGAGCCCAAGAAGACAGAUGCUCAAAACCUCCCUUUUCCACAUGAAGUGAAGCCUUUUUCCGAGUCCUUUCAGGACGUAGAUUCCAGAGACGAGGCACUGUAUGGCAACCUGACUGACAGUGAUGAGAUGACAUCUGACAGUGAUGAUGACAGUGAUGGGGAGAUAACCAUUAUUUGCAACAUAAAUCUCAGUGAAGUCAUCCCUAAAGGGGCCCCAAAUAAUUAA